GGAGGCAUUUUUUCCCUCUUCAUUGCAAACUGCGUCAGCGCAUUUAUUUCGCUACAAACAACGUAUAAGCGCACACCAUCAAAACCAUUCGAACAUCCUCUAUCGUUCUUAUUCGUUUUGCCAAGCCACAGCUCCGAAGCCAAUAGACGAGAAAGAGAGACGGAAUAGAACAAAUGGUAAACCCAUACAGCGUUGCUGCGUGAGGACACAAACACACACGCAUCGCACCUCGCGACGAUAACAAGUCACACACAACGGCCAGAGAAAGAAAAACCGUGUGCUAAUGUGUGUUGCUGCAAAUUUUUUUUUUUUGUAGCAUCAAGUAAAUAAUAAUUAUCAAGUAAUUCAAGUAGUAGUUUCGAACGGUAAUCAUAUUGUGAUGAGAAAAUUUUUCAUACGCGACCACCAUAAGAACCAGUCGAAAUUCCGUGUGAAUAGUGUUGAAUUUGUGUGCAAAACGAUUCGAAUAAUCGUGCGAUAAUUCAAGAAGUGGAACAUAGUGAUUUUUUCUUGCACAAAUGCACAAAGCUGAAGUUGUAGUGUCCGCGCUAAAUUAUUCAGUCCCCUGUCUACUGUAUUUUUAUGCUUUUCGCCCAUAAUAAAUAAUGUUAACCGAUCACCACAAAUCCAAAUAUUUCGGCUCUACAAUGCCGAAAACCGUGUACAAUUCAUCGACCCCGAUAAAACCGAACUUCGAUCCAGUUAGCAAAAACAGUAGCACCACCAAUGUCAAUUGCACCAUGGAUUAUGAGAAAAUUUUCCCGGGCAUUUAUUUGACAUCGGUGAAAGAUUUGUGUUCAGCGGACGAUUUGAAAAUUUACGGUUUCACACACGUCAUUUAUAUCGACAAGCAUAUCAUGCAAAAUAGCGUAACGAGUGCACAACACAAUGCAAACAAUGCUGGUAAAAAUGACCACCACGAAAAUGUGAUAAAAUGUGCGGAAACAUCGGUGAUUGCAUCAAUAACCAUACGGCAGACGAGCCAACAAUCAUCGAGCCCAGUAUCAUGUGUUCCGAGUAGCAGAAGUAGCAGCAAUGGCAGUGAGGCCGGCUGCAGCCAUAACCGUAGUAGUUCAAUGAUGGAUCGAUCAUCUUCGGUCCGCUCAUCAAAAUCAACUGCAACGACUUGUUCCACGUCUAUGUCGUACAGCCAUCAUCAGCACCACGAAAUGCCCGUUGACGAUGAAUCGCCGAUGAAACUGUACGCCAGCAACGAAAACCUCUUCGGUCACAGUGAUUUCGAGACAUUGGAAUUAAACUUUGGCGAAUCCGCAUAUUUCACUGCCAACAUUCUACCGAAUUGCUACAAGGCCGUCGUAUUCAUUGAGAAUGCACUGAAGAAUAAUGGUGCCGUACUUGUCAUCGACUGCAUUGGCGAAAAUCAAAAAUGCAUUACAAUUGUCAUUGGUUUUCUCAUGUACAAAUACAACAAAAAUUUCAUGACCGCUUAUCAAUUGAUAAAACGAUUGCAUCCAAAUAUAGAAUUAGAUAAGUUUUUCACCACACAACUCUACGAGUAUGAGCCAAUAUUGCAGGUUCAGCGUUCACAGUCCGCCGGCAAUAGUUGUUCACGUGAACUACGUAGUGCAUUACUGAAGCGAAAGAAAUCAUACGAUGAUUGCUAUUACUACCAAUCGGAUGUAAUGAUGCCAACACUGUUGCCGCACAAUCCGUUCAUUUGCACCGGAGCCGAUAAUUUUGUUAACAACGUCGAACAAACUACCGAUAUUCUAAUGGAACAAUAAACUCUCUCAUACUUUUGACAGAAUACAUAUAUUUAUAUGCAUAACAUUGGAUAUAUAUAAUCAAGUGAUAGGCCACCUUCAGAAAAAAACAAGACACGGAGAAAUUGUUUUGAGGUGACAGAUGCUAAUUAGGAUUCAGUUUUUUUUAUAAAGACUUUUUUCAAAUCUAUCCUUUACCAUUUGCGAAAUUCGUCAAACAGGGAAAACUGAACAACAGUUUCGAUUCAGUUUAAAAUUGGCUACACUAUAUUUUAUAACCAUAACCAUACUCUAAUGUAUCAUCAUAAAAUCAUGAGUAGAAAAAAAAAGAACAAACAAAAACACACUGAAAUGAAUAUCACAUUUCAUCGAUCCAUAUCCUUAUCCGCGUAGCGUUUUCUCCUGAAGGGUGUGUACAUUAUUUUUUUCAAUUACUUUCCUUUUAUCUCGGACCCAUUUGUUCCGAAAACACAAUUAGGAUUUUUUUUCUUCUUCUUUCAUUUGAAUUUGUAUUCCUAGAGCAUAGAAUCAUGAGCAUUAGAUCGAAAAUAUGGUAGAAUAAAUUGCUGUGCAGCUAAUUUAGCCGAAAUAGAUUUAAUUGUUAGGGCAAACAUCGUUUUUCAAACACACGCUCGCACACACACUGUUUGUAACACGAUUGAGUGCAGCAGCGAUGGGAACAGAAUCUAGAUUUAAAUGCAUGAUGUAGUAGGAAAUCUGAUGAGAAGAAGAGAAAGAGAAAGAGAAUGAAAUAGAUGAAUGAAGAAAAAAAACCUCGAUACAUGCUAUGCGAUGUAUUUAGUUAGAAAGGUGAUUGUUUUUUUUUUAAUUUUCUUGACAUCGACAGAAACCCGAGCGAAGUCUGUUGCAUGGAAUUUUUUUGACUGAAAUUGUACGAACCAAUUUUAUGGAAAUGAUGUAAAUAGCAAAUCAAUUUUGAAAGACGUACUCUGUAAGCUUAGGUCUAACAUGCGAAAAACUAUAUAAAAAAUAAAAAACAAAAUCCAUUUGCAAAAUCGAUUACUAGGAUUGCAUUAUUAUUAUUAUUAUCAUUAUUAUCAAUGAGAAUAAAAUCAACAAAUGUUACGUGUUUCAGUUAUAUCUGAAUUUUUUUGUUUGCGCUAAAUUUGUGUUAACGAAUUUGUGUGUAAAACAAGAGAUAGAAAAAAACAAUUGUAAUUUGCGUGUUCCGGAUCUUGUUUUCAUCGCAUUUUCCUUUCGUGAAACUUUCAAUAAAGAAAAUUUUAAGUAAAAAUUCAUCUAAA